AUAAAUAGUAAACAUGCAUGUUAAGGUGGGAACUGACAGUGUGUUUCCAAGGUCAAUCUUAUCGCUGACCAAAGUGGAAUGUGUGUUUUUUUGUUUUUUUUUUAGGAUGUACACUGUCGGUUUAUUAAGAGUCACUGCAGCAGGAUCCCGGUGUUAACACUGGUAACAUGGCUUUAGUGAAGGCGACACUUGGUCUCCUGACCGUCCUCGUGCUCUCUGGAAGCUCCUGGGCUGAAGGUGACGAGGACCAGUCUGUCGCUGAGCGCCUGUGGAGGGCCAACAAGGAUGUUGUGCACACGGCAGACGAGCCCCUCGUCAUGGACGACAUCGCCUAUGACAACGAGAAUGAGAGAAAUGCUGAUCCAUGCACCUCCCGUGGUUGUAUGUGGGGCAAAUCCAGUGACGGGAAAGUCUACGUGCCGUACGUCAUUGCCUCACAUUUCGCUUCACGUGAGCGCUCCAUCAUCGAGCGCGGACUCCUGUCCUUCCAUGACGUCUCUUGCAUUCGCUUCGUCUCACGAACCAACCAGAGAGAUUACCUGAGCAUCGAGUCCAACAAUGGCUGCUACUCCUACGUCGGUCGCCGUGGUUACUCUCAGACUCUGUCUCUGGACCGUCAGGGAUGCCUCUACCACAACACCGUCCAGCACGAGCUGCUCCAUGCCCUCGGCUUCAACCACGAGCAGUGUCGCUCCGACAGAGACCAGCACAUCCGAGUCCUGUGGCACAACAUCCAGUCUGGUUGGGAGUAUGCCUUCGACAAGAUCAACACUCUGAACCAGAACACGCCCUAUGACUACAGCUCUGUCAUGCAGUACCACAAAUAUGCCUUCUCUGGCAACAACCAGCCCACCAUGCAGCCCAUCCCCAACGCUAACGUUCAAUUCGGCACAUCCCAGCAGAUGAGCCAGAAUGACAUUGCUCGUCUGAACAGGCUGUACAAGUGUUGAACAAGGAUGUUCCUGUCAGCAAGAUGAUCCUGCUCAUCAAGUUGAAACAGAAAGAUCCUAACCUGCUCAGCACUGCACCUGGAUAAUCUCACCUUGGCUCUAACUAUGGG